UACAAUUUCUUACCGGCCAGGGUCCAAAAACACCAAACCAGAUGCGCUUUCAAAACAGUUUUCUCCCGAUCAUGAUACACCUGCUUCCACCAUCAUGUGUUGUCGGAGCCCUUUCUUGGGAGAUUAGAGACCAGGUACUGGCAGCUCAUCAGACUGAACCCGGUCCCGUUAAUAGACCACCCAACCGUCUCUAUGUCCCUUCAUUCGUUAGAGCUUGUCUCAUUCAUUGGGGCCAUACAGCAAAAUUUUCUUGUCAUCCUGGCAUUAACAGAACCGUCUCUCUGAUCAGACAAAACUUUUGGUGGCCAUUUUUAUAUAAAGAUGUCAAAGACUAUGUGCUAGCCUGUCCCAUUUGUGCUUGCAAUAAGACCCACAAUCAACCCCCCAGUGGGUUACUUCAGCCUCUUCCAGUUCCCAAACAUCCUUGGUCACAUAUAGCUCUAGACUUUGUUACUGGACUACCACCUUCAAAGGGCUUCACCACCAUUUUAACCAUCAUUGACCGCGUCUCUAAGGCUUGCCAUCUUGUUCCCUUACGUAAACUUCCCACCGCCAUGCAGACUGCUCAUCUUCUAACCAAACGUGUUUCGUCUGCAUGGUAUCCCCACCGAGAUCCUGUCAGACAGAGGUCCACAGUUUGUUUCUAGAGUCUGGAAGGAGUUUGGAGCUAAGGUAACCCUCAGUUCUGGGUUUCAUCCUCAAACUAAUGGUCAGACUGAGCGUCUGAACAAGGAGCUUGAGGCUACCCUUCGUUGUCUUUGUUCAUCACACCCUUCAUCCUGGAGUGUACACUUAUCUUGGGUGGAGUACGCCCACAACAGUCACACAUCAACAGCUACUGGCCUGUCACCUUUUGAGUCUUCUCUUGGUUAUCAGCCGCCUCUGUUCCCAUCUGAUGAACAACAAACACCCGUCACCUCUGUCCACCAUCACCUCUACCAUUGCAGACACAUCUGGACACAAACCCAUGCUGCUCUCAACCAGACAGCCGAGGGGAACCGCAGAUGGGCAGAUCGUAAGAGAACCCCUGCACCUUCAUACUCACCUGGACAAGAGGUUUGGCUUUCCACUCGAGACGUCAAUCUCAAAUCAUCUAAUUGUAAACUAUCCCCUUGCUUUAUUGGUCCCUUUGAAAUAACCUCUUUUCUCAGUCCUUCAGCCAUACGCCUCAAACUUCCUGAUGGGUUAAAGGUCCACCUCGUAUUUCAUGUCUCUCUCCUUAAACCAGUCCGUUACAGUCCUUUUUGCCCUCCAUCCAGACCCCCGCCACCCCCCCGGGAUAUUGAUGGUCACCCUGCUUAUGACGUCACAAGGAUUCUGGCUAUUUGUCGUCGGGGAAGAGGGUUCCAGUACUUAGUGGACUGGCAGGGUUAUGGACCUGAGGAACGGUCCUGGGUUUCCCGCUCCUUCAUCCUGGUCCCUGACCUCAUUAGAAAUUUUGAGGCUUCUCGUGGGUCGUCUUCAUCCCGACUGCCAGGGGGCGGUCUUUAAUGGGGGGUAGUGUCAGGGUUCCUGUGUGUAUGUGGGUGCGAGUAACACAUCUCUUCCAGCGAGGAUCUUGGUGGAGAGCCUGGGCAGCCUUCACAGGUGGAGCUCAUCUGCCUCAUCAGAGUGCUGGGGAUAAAGGAGCAGCAGAGCCUUCACUCAGUGCUGGAUGAUCAACGUCUACUGGAUUUGUCACUGGAUCUUUCUAGAGGUAUCAGUUCAACCAUUUUCUCCUCCUGUGGAACCCACCAGCAAGUACCUGCCUGCCUGCUCCACUGUCCCCCCCCCCAUCUCCACUCCGCUCAACCAGACCACUGGCUCUCGGUCACCACCUACCUCGCACUGGCCUCAGGAAGCACCAUUACCACUCUCCACACAGGACCCCUGGACACCUCUCUCCCACGCUUCACCAAACCCAUUUGAAAAUAAUUGCAAUGGUCCUCUCGCAUCAGCAUUACCACACUCAUCGUUUCAGAGCUCAUCUCAGUCCUCGGCCAGUUAUUCUGCCUUCUACGCCAAGCUCAACAGGAGAGAUGAAGCAGGAGGUUGGUCUCCAAUGGUGACAGACCAAGACCCCUGGCUCCAAGUAGACCUCCGGGAGCAGAUGGAGGUGACGGCUGUGGCUACACAGGGACGCUACGACAGCUCGGACUGGGUCAGCAGUUACCUACUGCUCUACAGUGACACGGGUCGCAUCUGGAAGCAGUAUAGGCAUGAAGAUGGAUUGGAGAGGUUUGAUGGGAAUGUGAAUUCAGAGACGGUUGUCCAGAACAAGCUGUCCCACCCGGUGAAGACACGUUUCCUGCGUUUUGUCCCUCUUGACUGGAACCCCAGCGGGUGGAUGGGCCUGAGAGUGGAGGUGUUUGGAUGUUCCUACAAAUCGUAUGUGGCUGAUUUUGAUGGCAGAAGCUCUCUGCUGUAUCGGUUCAACCAGAAGUCCAUGUCAACAGUGAAGGAUGUUAUUUCUCUGCGCUUUAAAAGCCACCAGGCUGAGGGGGUCUUACUGCAUGGAGAGGGACAGAGAGGAGACUACAUCACACUGGAGCUGCACCGAGGAAGACUGGACUUCUAUCUCAACUUAGAUGAUAGCAGGUCAAGGUUCAGCAGCCGCCGUGUUCCAGUUACUGUGGGCAGCCUGCUGGAUGACCAGCACUGGCACUCUGCUCACAUCGAGCGCUUUAACAGGCAGGUCAACCUCACUGUAGACGCCCACACACAGCACUUCCAAACCAAAGGGGAAGGACAGUCUCUGGAGGUGGACUAUGAGCUGAGCUUUGGAGGAAUUCCUCUGCCUGGGAAACCGGGCACCUUCCUCAGGAAGAACUUCCAUGGCUGCAUAGAGAACCUCUACUAUAACGGAAUCAACAUCAUAGACCUGGCUAAGAGACACAAGCCACAGAUACACAGUGUGGGCAACGUGACCUUCUCAUGUUCGCCGCCCCAGCUGGUGGCCUGCACCUUCCUGAGCUCCAGCAGCAGCUUCCUGUCGCUCCCGUCUGCUGCUCCCCCCACCGGGGAAUUCACUGUUCGCUUCCAGUUCAGGACCUGGAACCCCGACGGGCUUCUGCUCUCGGUGCAGCUAAACCCCAGCCCACAGAAACUAGAGCUGCAGAUCAGCAACAGCUGGCUUCAUUUGACCCUCCACAGCACAGGGCGACAGAGAUCAGAGGUUUCUGCCGGUCGCAGAGUCAACGACGGAUUGUGGCACACAGUGAGCCUUGCCAGUAGGAAUCUGCAGAUCACUCUGAGUGUGGAUGGCGAGCAUUCAUCCAACGUUGAGCUUUGGGAACCGGUGGAAUCAAGAGGCAGCUUCUACGUUGGAGGCUGUCCGCCCACAGAGUGUCACAUCCAAGCUCCUGCCUUCCAGGGGUGCAUGCAGCUUAUAUCCAUCAACAAUCACCUGGUGAAUCUCAGUCAUGUGCAGCAAGGAUUGCAAGGAAAUUAUAAUGAGCUCCAGUUUGACACAUGCAAUAUGAAAGACAGGUGCCUGCCCAACCUCUGCGAACAUGGCGCCCGCUGCUCCCAGACGUGGAGCUCUUUCUCCUGCGACUGUUCGGGAACUGGAUACUCCGGAGCCACGUGUCACAACUCUAUCCACGAGUCAUCCUGCGAGGCCUACAAGCUGAGCGGCAGCUCCUCAGGCUUCUACUUCAUCGAUCCAGAUGGGAGUGGUCCCCUGGGGCCCACACAGGUAUACUGCAACAUGACAGAAAAGAAAGUAUGGACGGUGUUGUCCCACAACAACUCAGCUCCAAUAAAAGUUCAGAACUCCUCUCCCCAGAAGCCUCACAUCAUGAAGUUCAGCUACAACGCAUCAGCCGACCAACUUCGCGCCAUUGUGACUGGAGCAGAACAGUGCCAACAGGAAGUAGUUUACAACUGCAGGAAGUCACGUCUCUUCAAUACAAAGGAUGGAAGCCCGCUGUCCUGGUGGCUGGAUCGCCAAGGAGACAAAAGGAGUUACUGGGGGGGCUUCCUGCCUGGAGUGCAGCAGUGCUCCUGCAGCCUGGAGGAGAACUGUAUGGACAUGAAUUACUUCUGCAACUGUGAUGCUGACACAGACACAUGGACUAAUGACACAGGCAUCCUCUCCUACAAAGACCACCUUCCAGUGAGUCAGAUUGUGAUCGGAGACACCAACAGGACUGGAUCGCAGGCUGUCUACCAUGUCGGCUCUCUGCGUUGUUAUGGAGACAAGUCUAUAUGGAACGCAGCGUCUUUCUACCAGGAGUCCUCCUACCUGUACUUCCCCACCCUGCAGGCGGAGCUAGCCUCAGACAUCUCCUUUUACUUCAAGACUAGCUCUCCCUCAGGAGUGUUUCUGGAAAACCAGGGCCUGAAGGACUUCAUCAGGGUGGAGCUGAGCUCUCCAACAGUGGUGACUUUCUCUUUUGAUGUGGGCAACGGUCCGGCAGUCCUGUCCGUAAAGUCCCACCUCCCUCUGAAUGACAGACAAUGGCACUAUGUGAGGGCAGAGCGGAAUGUGAAGGAGGCCUCCCUGCAGGUUGACCAGCUGCCCCUUCGCCUCCUGCAGGCUCCAGCUGAUGGACACCUCCGCCUCCGGCUCAGCAGCCAGCUGUUUGUUGGGGGCACAGCGUCCCAGCAGAGAGGCUUCUUGGGCUGCAUCAGGUCUCUUAUGGUCAACGGCAUGACCUUUGACCUGGAGGAGAGGGCUAAAAUGACCCCUGGGGUGAGCUCUGGCUGUCCAGGGUACUGCAGCGGCUCCAGCAAUCUUUGUCACAACCGAGGCCGCUGCAUCGAGAAGAGCAACGGUUACAUCUGCGACUGCUCACAGUCUGCAUAUGGAGGAGCCACCUGCAACCAAGAGGUGUCUGUGUCCUUUGACAGAGAUUCUUCAGUGACCUACACCUUCCAGGAGCCCUUCUCAGUGAUGCAGAACAGAAGCUCUCAAGCUUCUAGUGCAUUCACUGAGAGCAGGGCCAGAGAGAACAUGGCCUUCAGUUUCGUUACCUCCCAGAGGCCAGCCAUGCUGCUGACCGUCAGCACCUUCACUCAGCAGUACAUUACAACCAUCCUGGCCAGAAAUGGAAGCCUUCAGAUCUGGUAUCAUCUUCAGACAGAGAGAAGUCCAGAUGUGUUCAAUCCUACCCCCAAAAAUCUGGCAGAUGGGCGUCUCCAUCGAAUCAGAAUCCACAGAGUUGGCAAAAACCUCUAUGUGCAGAUCGACCAGGACAUCCACAGAAAGUACACACUGUCAUCUGAUGCAGAGCUGAUCUUAAUCAGAUCCUUGACGCUGGGCAAAGUUAUCAGGAUGGACAGCUUUGGUGAAGAGGUGAUAAAAGCUGCUUCCAAAGGUUUCGUCGGCUGUCUCUCCUCAGUGCAGUUCAACCAUGUUGCUCCACUCAAGGCAGCACUGACCAAUCGGGGAAGCUCCCUCAUCACUAUUCGUGGCCCUUUGGUCCAAUCAAAUUGUGGAGCUUUGGCUGAAUCCACCUCACACGUUCUGCAAGAUCAAGCUGCAAAUGAAGAUAAGGAGCAGCACGACAGCAACGCCCAGAAGGAUUUGGCUGUAAUAGCAGGUGUGGUCACAGCGGUCGUCUUCAUUGCCGUGUGUGCUCUGGCUGUGAUAAGCCGCCUCCUGUAUCAGCAGCGGCGGGCGAAGAGGAGCAGCAGCAUGAAAGAGGAGCACAGACACAGCACGUACACAGACUACAGGACUGAGCUGCACCUCCACAACUCUGUCAGGGACAACGUGAAGGAGUACUACAUCUGAGUGCAGCGUGCAGCCUGUACCACAAACGUACCUCUCUCUGACAAAGGACUUCAUAGGUGGACAUACUGCUGCAGGAUUGACCCAUCCCGGUGCCCUGGAAGCUCCCAGGAACACUGCAAACACCUGCAGCCUGCCGUCCGUCCCCUCAAUGCUCCUCUACAAGCUAGUGGCUGAAUCUUCGCAGCUGUUAGUGUAUUUGAUGUUGGUGAAAUUGUCAGAAUCAAGCUGCUGUGAUUUCUGUCAUUGAAACUGUGUAAAGCAUAAGAUGAAUGUCCUUCAGGGCUUGACAGAAGGAUGGUGUGAACACAGGAAGCAGAAGCUGCUGCCCAUCCUAAACGAACACAACUCGACCUGUUCCGUGUGAAAGUCUGGCCUUCUCCCAGGACGGGCGACACACUAAGCUGGACAUGCAGAUGAGAAGCUGGAGAUCAGGCCUGUAUGAUAUGCGUGCAUUCGCUGCUGUAAUUGUUUUUCUUUUUUUCCCAGUGGUGGUGAAUGUUGUAGAAAAAACAGGGACAAAACUGCCUAAACAGUAUGAGUGCCUAAUUUGCAUAUACCUUUUUGUUUUUCAAUAUUUUAGAGAUUUUCUUUUCAUAGAUAUGCACCAAUGCAGUCACUUUUGCAUUUAAUAGGAGCCUAUUGUCAUUUAGGUGUGCGACCAACACAGUAAAAGCUGAAUCUCCCAGCUGUAAGCAUCCUCUGUUUCCUGAACCCAAGCUGGGGGAGACUGUUUCUCUUACCGAGAGGUUUUCCAUUUCACCAGAGAAACGACACAGAAGCUAACAAACCAGAAAAGUUCUAAAUCUGUAACUGGACGGAGACCCGAUGCCUCAUUUAUCAAAUUCAGAAAGGGCUAAUACUGCAGAGAUGUGGGAGCAAGCAUGGCUUUGUGAAACUUUCUUCUAUUGAAUAUUAAAUGGAUAGACAACCUCACUCUCCAAUUUUACAUUUAUUUAUAAAGAAACAAAAUUAAUCUCAUUGCACCUUACGUUAGAAAAGCCUUCCAAUCCUUCCACAGAUGGAGAAGUUAUUUUGCUCACACUUGGGUUGCAAGUCAAACUACAUCCAUUUAUUAGUUUUAUUAGAGCAAAUUUUUCAAUCAUUCAAUUUUAAAGACACAUAAUACAGCUUUAUUUGACUUUCAGAGUUAAGUAAAGGUAAAACAAACUGAUCCAGGUACUGGACUUUGUGCAGUACCACAAUUGACUGGUGUAUGAGAAACGAUUCACAUAAUCAAACUGUUAUGCGUAUUUAACCAUUCUAGUUCCGAUAAAUGAUCAAGUCUGGUUGAAACACUUUGAUUUUAGAAAUAACUUAAAGUUGCUCCACAUAGCAAAAGGAAAUAACAAAACCUGGUUGUGUCAGUCGGAUUCUGAUUGGUUUGGGAUGCAAACUUCCACAUGAGAAGCGUUAAAGCUGCUGACUUAAUGCGCUGACAGUGUGAGCUGCAGCAUGUAGAGAGUGCCAUCCCUGUGCGGAACGUUCCGGCGCUCCUGUCAGGAUCCCACAGCACCAUGAAGCUGCACUCUCUGACCUUCAGGUGGCGUGCUGAGCUGUUACAUUGGACACUAAAGCUGGAGUUUGUAAUUAGCCCUGCACUGGACAGGUAGUCAGAAUAAUGAUGAAACCUUUUCACAGGUUCAUGUAGCAGUCAGGAGACUGGAGGCAGCACUGCCAGUUGAAAGCAAUCCUUCACCAUGGCAUGGAAUGGAUGUUGUAAUUCAGUCCAGGAGCAAUGAACAUGUUAGAGGUCUUCUGACGAUUAUUACCAGAAACAAAAGUGAUGACCUUUACUUUCAGGUUACACACAGUCACCAAGUGCUCAAGUGGGACAUGGAUUCACUGUGGAGGGAAGACAAGCCAGUGGCCAGAAGAGGAUGUUCUGUGAACUGUUCCGCAAAGAAACCUGCAAUUCAGGAAGAUGUUCCUUUGGCAGGACCUACCAGAACAUAGUAGCAUCUUUAAUGGAGAAGCCAUUUCCUAAAAUCAAUAACAUCUUUCUGCAGAAUGUAAUAAAAAUCCUGAGUCAGAAGCAAAGUAGUGCAGGAAGUUAAAAACAGCCAACAUAGGCUUGAAAAAACUUCUACCUUCAUACAUCUUAUUGUAAUUAGCAGCCUACCUGUUGUCAGGAGCCCUGGAGCCCCGUUAAACGAGCAAACCUCCAUGCACAUUGGAACACAUGAAUCCUGAUCUGUGUCUGGAAACCUGGGACAGUUUCCAUGCUGUGCACAGGGAUGUUUGAUAAAUGAGGCUUCAUUAUUCUCUGCAAGUUCUAAGGCUCGUCUGUAGGAACUGUAGCACAAUCAUUCUAAAACUAACUGUUUAAAGUUGCAGAAAUAAGACGUGAAUGUAAAGUGGCAUUGUAUUAAUAAUAAGUAUAGUCAUGUGAUGUGCACAGAACAAGUAGUAAGCUCUGCAGGCAACCAGGAGCUGCUCACAGCCUCUAAGUGUGGUGGAUGUGGUGACGGAUCCUUUGGGUGACACAAAUGAUUGGAAUUUAAAAUAACCAGCAGCAAAAAUAACAACAUCCAACUUUUGUAAUGACUUGCAUUUGAGGGAGAUGGCCCACUGCAGUUUAUCUGGGAGUUUCUGGCUGUGCACAGGUUUAAUUUGUCUCUUACUUCACAAUGCAAAUCAGCAAAGCCAGAGCUUUCUGCAACCUGCAAAACAGCCAAUCUGCUAGUUUUUCCAUGCCCUGAGUGACCUACACCAAGUGGUAGAAUAUGUUUCUGGUUUUCCAGUGUGUCUCAAGUAUAAUCAUUCUUUUUCCCUAAAUGAUACACUGGUAGAAUAUGUGCACACAAUCUAAAAAAAAGCCCGUCUGCACCAGGACAUGUGAUGCACAGGGCACAUUUAAAGCAACAUUAAAGCUUGGAUGGUAACUGCAUUACUUUUUAUAGAUGUAUGCUUUGGGAGGGCAGGAGAAAGUUCUGAUGCCAGAGGAAAAGGAUGUUACCCAAAUUUUAAAACUCAGCUUGUCUGGUUCCUCUCAUUACCGCACUGCUCUUUGGAGUAUGACUGUCUUUGUCAGCGUCAGCUAUGCUUUCAGCUCACCAGGCUAAAUAAAGGUUAAUCCCAAAGAAAAGCUAAAUUUACAUGCUGACACAAAUGCAACAACCUCUGUUAUUUUAGCAUCUUUAAGACAUUUUAAAACAUCUUCUGGGGAUUCUAAAUAUUGGUACAAACACUUGGGGAGGAUUUGUUCCUCUGAUUUAAGUUUUUGGACCAAUGCACUGGUGGACUGGAGCUCCAUAAUGGCUUAGGUUGAAGUAAAUGGGGUUGAGAAAAACAAGACAAGCAUGAUGAGUCUGCAGCCACUGGAUCUCCCUGUGCAUGUCCCACAAGUAUCCCUCAAAGAUGUGAUAGUGCGCAGAUUUCCUGUAACAGUGAAUGAACACAUACCUCUGAGUGUUUAGGUUAUAUUGCAAUGGGUAAUACAUGUGGUCACUUCUUAAUGAUUUGUAUAGCUGCAGUUUUAUUAAGGAUCUACUGUAUAGAUGUAUAAUUUAAUAAUAAAAAUGAGUAUAUUACUAAA